CUUGAUGCCAAGUCUCAGCGAUCCCGAGCGGACACUCCGCCCAAUGAGAGCCAUCUACGCAACAACGUGUGAAGUCUUUCGCCCUUGAAACCUGCAUGCUGAGUGGCUGAGCGCGUGCAAACAGCAGAGAUGAUGGACUGGCUGCUGGUGGCUGCCCCAAUAUACGCCUCUAGCCCGAGUUGCGACCAGGGCUGAUCCGGCUGGAACACUAGGAUUUUACAGCAGGCGGUACCACGAACAGCGUCGACACGAGCAGCCUAAAAGCCGCAGCAGAAGCGUUGCGUGCAUAUAUAGGGUCUCACAGACUCCCCUUGUCCAUUUCUUCAGCCAGCAAUUUCCACUCCAGCUGAGUACUACAUUACAUACCUGCGUGCCUGCAGACAACAACCAACACAAUGGCACGCCUCACACAGUACAACUAUGUCUUCGCCAUUGGCACGUUCUUUGCUAUGCUCGAUGCCUACAACAACGGUGCUAACGAUGUUGCCAACGCUUGGGCUACCUCUGUCUCUUCCCGCUCCGUCACCUACCGCCAGGCCAUGAUUCUAGGGACCAUCUUCGAGAUGGUCGGCGCCAUCACUGUCGGUGCCCGUACCGCCGAUACCAUCAAGAACGGAAUCAUCCCCAACUCUGCCUUCCGCAACGAUGCCGGUGUCCAGAUGCUUGCUUUCACUUGCGCUUUGGCUGGUGCCUCUAUCUGGGUCAUGUGGUGCACACGUCACUCUGCUCACGUCUCUUCCUCAUACUCGCUCAUCUCCUCGGUUGCUGGUGUCGGUGUCGCCGUCGCCGGUGCUAAGAAUGUCCAGUGGGGAUGGAAUAAGGGCAAAGGUCUUGGUGCUAUCUUCGCUGGUCUUGGAAUGGCUCCCGCUGCCUCCGCCUGCUUCGGUGCCAUUAUAUUCAUGCUCAUCAAGACGAUCGUGCAUCUCCGCAAGAACCCAGUUCCCUGGGCUAUCUGGACUGCUCCUUUCUUCUUCCUGAUCGCUGGUACCAUCUGUACUCUGUCCGUCGUCUACAAGGGAUCUCCCAACCUUGGUCUCAACAAGAAGCCUGCGUGGUAUGUAGCUACUGUCACCGUCUCUUGCGGUGUUGGUCUCGCCGUGCUCGCCCUCUUGCUCUUCGUCCCCUACCUUUACGCCAAGGUCGUCAAGAGGGAUCACACCGUCCGCUGGUACCACAUGUUCCAGGGUCCUCUCCUCUUCCGCCGCCCCUCCCCUGAGGGUGCUGAGGCUGCCCGCGUUCCCGACUAUGCUGUAGUCCAGCAUGAGGAUGAGGCCCACAAGCCCGAGCUGAAGAAGUCUGACAGUUCCUCUGACGACAUCACCCCUGUCGACCACGAGAAGACUGCCAUUGUCCACGAGCAACAAGAAGACCGCCAACUCAGCUACAAGGAGCUCAUGCAGCAGGGACAGGACCGCUUCCACGCUAAGCUCAGGAACAAGAGCGGCUUUCUCGGUUGGGCUAUGCGCUACCUCCACGAGAACAAGAUCGAGACUGGCGAGAUCUAUGAGAAGAGGAACAUGAUCAUCACUGUCAAGCGCGUCCCCGCCAUGAUCGUCGUCGGUGCGCUCUACGGUGCCAACUAUGACAUUCACGCUGCCCAGACCGGUAUCCACGGUACCCCUGAGGGUCGCCGCAUGGAGCGCGUCUACGCCCAUGCCCCCAAGUAUUCCAACGAGGUCGAACACACCUAUUCCUUCGUCCAAGUUCUCACUGCUUGCACCGCCUCGUUCGCUCACGGUGCCAACGAUAUCGGUAACGCUGUUGGUCCCUGGGCCGUCAUCUACUCUGCCUGGAACACUGGUAAUGCCGCCCAGUCCAAGGCGCCCGUACCCAUCUGGCAGUUGGCUGUUCUCUCCGCCACCCUGUCUCUUGGUCUGAUCACCUACGGAUACAACAUCAUGAAGGUCAUGGGUAACAAGAUCACCUACCACUCGCCUUCGCGUGGCUGCUCCAUGGAGAUGGGUGCUGCGCUCACUGUCCUGAUCUUCUCGCAAUACUCGCUCCCAGUCUCGACAUCCAUGUGCAUCACUGGUGCUACCGUCGGUGUCGGUCUUUGCAACGGUACCAUUAAGGCUGUCAACUGGCAGCGUGUUGGUCUCCUUGUCUUCUCCUGGAUCAUGACCAUUCCUAUUGCAGGUACCAUCGGUGGUCUUGCUAUGGGUAUUGUACUCAACGCGCCUCACUUCGGUUAAAUGCUUGAUCUUCUGCAUCUACAAAAUUGUCCACAGGUUACGAAUACCCUCUUUCUUUUCAGCGAUAGUCGAUUGUUUCGGCAUGGAUAUACCGCAUUUUUGUAAUGAUACACGCUCUAAGAAUGAUAGACAAUGAUUGGCAUCAGAACCUUUGACGUUCUCUCAAAUCUGCCUUCUUUGCUGUG